UCUAAUUUUUGUUGUUGUGUCAGUAAUGUGAUGUGAAUUACUCGUACUAAAAUUGUAAAUUCGAACCCCCGCAUUGGAGUGCAAGUGCAAUAAUUGUACGUCAAGAUGCGUCAGUUUAACAUCUCGGUCAUUGGACUAUCCGGGACCGAAAAGGACCGCGGCCAGGUGGGCGUGGGCAAGUCAUGCCUGUGCAACAGAUUCAUGCGCCCAAUGGCCGACGACUACUUCAUCGAUCACAUAUCAGUGCUCAGCCAGAGCGACUUCAGUGGCCGGAUCGUGAACAACGACCACUUUCUCUACUGGGGCGAUGUUCGCAAGACGACGGAGGAGGGCGUCGAGUAUCAGUUCAAUAUCAUCGAGCAGACCGAAUUCAUGGACGACUCCACCUUCCAGGCCUUUAAGGUGGGCAAGAUGGAUCCGUACUCCAAGCGUUGCACAGCCACCAAGGUCUUUUCGGCGGAGAAACUAAUGUAUAUAUGCAAGAAUCAGUUGGGCAUCGAGAAGGAGUACGAACAGAAGGUGAUGCCCGAUGGCCGGCUGAGUAUCGAUGGCUUUGUCGUCGUCUUCGAUGUGAGUCCCGUGCCCAAUCGCAGUGUGGAGAAGCAGGUGGAAUUUGUGCAGAACGUCAUAGCCACCAUAUUGAAGAACAAGAAGCCGCUGGUGCUGGUGACCACGAAGAACGACGACGCCUACGAGCUGUACGUACGCGAGGCGGAGAAGAUUAGCCAGCGCAAGGACUACAAGAGCACCGUUCAGCUGAUCGAGACAUCGGCCCACGAGAGCAUCAACAUCGAUUUGGCCUUCCUCCUGCUCGCCCAGAUGAUCGACAAGGUUAAGAACCGGGUCAAGAUCAUCUCGUACCAGGAGUCGGCCAAGUCGCGCAAGGAGCUACUGGACACGCGUUCCGAGGCGGUUACGCGACUCAUUCGCAACCAGAUCACCGACUAUCAUGUGCUGUGGUCGCAGGGCUCCAAGAUGCUGUCGCAGUAUCGCGAAUGGAACGAGUUCCUCAACAUCUUUGGCCACGAGGCAGGCCAGAAGCUCUUUCGGCGGCAUAUGAAGAAGCUGCGCGACGAUCAUCUCAACAAGAAGCUGCAUCAGUAUUUGGACAAGUUCGCUUUGGCCCUGGAAUACCUGCUGCCGGAUAUCGGGGCUUUGAAUAUCAGCGACGAUGAUGCGUGGGAGUGCGCCAGGAAUUAUCUGCAGAAUCACAUCGAAUUCGAGCAGUACUUCUUCGAGUGCCCGCAGGCCUCGUGGACGGAGCUGGUGGACAUGGACGAGGCGGAGGACGAGGCACGCAUUCCGUUCGAUGUGCUCGAGACCUCCGAGGCGGAGACAGUCUUCCGUAAUUACUUGAAUUCGGUGCAGCAGGACAAGAAGAAGAUUGGAUGGAAGCAGCAAUUCAAGAUGCUGCUCGAGGAGUCCGGCUUUGUGACGCCCGGCAAGCAAUUGUCCGAGGUGCGAGUCCUUUUCAUGGGCCGCGAAUGCUUCGAGGCUCUGUCGGAGCACGACUGCCAGCAGAUCUACGACAUCCACCAGGACGACAUCAUCGAGAAGAGCAAGCAGAACUUUGUGGAGCUACUGCUGGAGCAUGCCCAGUACUUUCUGCAGUUCAAGAACGUGGACAAUAUCACGCAGGAGGAUGUCCGCCAGAUCACGGAUGUCAUACAGGAGGAUUCGCGCUACAAGAUGUUGGAUCGUUUGGACCAGGAGCGGCGGCUGAUGCUCGUCCAGCAUUUGCGCUUCAUCCACUGCCCCAUCCGGGAUCACUGCCCCUUUUUCUACAACUGUGUCGAUAGCCUGAUCGAGGAGGUGCUGUCCGACAAGUCGGCCAGCAAUCACAAGACGCCCAGCAACGUCGGCGGUUGGAAGACAUCGGGCAGCGGCAGCGAUCGCACGCUCAAUCUGCUGAUCGUUGGCUCCGAGCAUCUGGCCAGCGAUCUGCUCAACGACAUACGCAUCUGCACCGGGAGCAAGGGCGAGUACAUCUACGAGAACCAGACGUAUUAUCUCAACUACCGAAUCGCCAACGGCGACAUGGAGGCCUUCAAGGCCAUCGAUGUCUAUUCGAGUGGUCUCAUUUGCGUGUACUCCAACCAGCAAUCCUUUGAGACGCUCAAGGAUAACUUGGAGCGCACGCUGCUCUGCAACUUGGAGCUGGAGGAUAAGUUCGAGAACCUGCCCAUCGUGCUCGUCUACCAGCCGCAGGAUCUCAAGGAGAACGAGGUGGAGUACUUGCGCAACGAGGGCAUGCGACUGUCGGAGAUGCUGCACUGCGACUUCAUCGAUCAUACGCAGAAUCACCAGAAAUAUGUCUACGACAUACUCAACAUUGUCAUCCUGUCACUGAAGCUGACCGAGAUGAAGAGCUACGAGCCAUAUCCCUCCAAUCACACCGAUCUGCGGAUCCUGUGCUGCAUCUUCUGUGGCGAUCAGUACGAUAUCGAGAACAUUGUGCAGCCGCUGGUCGCCGAAUCGACGCUGGUCAAGGCCAACGAGCACUCGAUCAUAAUCGAUGUCUUCAUCGGCGACGCCAAGCGGCGGGUCGAGUUUAUCCUGUCUUCAUAUCACGGCACUAGCCAGUACCGCGAUGAGCUAAUCCAUGGCUACAUUUACUUUUACUCCGCCAAGCGUCGAUCUUCGUUGGCGAAUCUAAGCAUCCUGGCAGCCCAGAAUGCCAACAUUCCAUUGCAGAUUAUCGCGGUGACCGAGAGCGGGGGCGUAAAUGCCUUUUUCAACAGCGAUAUUUGCCAGUUUUUGAUCACCGAGGGCAAUGCGGUGGCCGAUCGCUUCAAGGGCAGCUUUAUGACCUUCUCGGCGGAUCAGUAUGUCAAGUUUGCGUUCUAUAAUCCAUUCCUGAAGACCGCCUGGGACAACAAGUACGAGGUGGAGAACCUGCAUGUGGAGGAGUCAAUUACUUUGGAUUCGGGCGAGGGCACGCUGGAGAACUCGGUUAACCAGAUGCCACGCCCGCCGCCGCGCCACGAGAGCUACAUGCUGUCCAAUACGCUGGGAACCGAUGGUUCCGGCAGUGAGAACUACGAAAUGGCUCCUACCCGAUCUCUCAACUCAUUAAAUGAAGAAAGAGAUAUAUCAUUAGAUGAAAUCUACGAUGACAACGAAAAGCCCAAGCACCUGCAUCAAACCGAUGUCAGCGGGUCCAAGGAUUCACUGGCCACCCAUGAUGCAGAGUGGCUGGAGGAUAAAAGCGACGGGCGGCGCAACAUGAACAAGAACUCGAUUUGGAACAACUUUAGCGGAUCGACACAUGCCUACACCACCGGCCGGCGGCACAUUGACUCCAAUCUGAACAAGAUCCGCCCGAAGGGACCCAGCCAAACGCUGAAGGUGGGCGAGGCGCCCAGUCGCAAUUGCCCGGCGAUGAGCUCCUCCACCUUCACCCUGCCCACCCAGCAGCCGGGCAAGCUGAAUAUGAAGAAUUUCCAGCUGGUCAGCGAUGCGGUGGCCAAGAUGAAUUUCACCGGAUCCGGUUCGGGAUCGGGAUCAGGCUCGGGAUCCGGUAGCACCGGUUUGGGCUUGGGCCUGGGCACCGGCGGCAGUGGCAGCAUGGCGGACUCGUAUCUGGAGCCCUGCGACAAGGAUGGCAAGCGAUACGAUCACGCCCAGUUGGAUGGCGAGGAUGAGGAUUCCGAGGAGCUGGCCGAGUACGAGCAGAUCUACGAAAACGAAGACUGCACCGAAUCCGACAGCUGUGCCAGUUCCACGGAGCGACGGGUGCGCCAGCAGAACGCCUACUACAAGGCCAACAGCAAGAAGCCGGUGGCCGCCAAGAAGCAGAAGAAGAAGAAGGUGGCCAUUCCGGUGCAGACGCCGCGUGUUCCUCCGUUCGGCUCAUAUGUGAGUCCGCCGGAAAUUCCGCUGCACUACCAGCGAAUGGUCGUUGGCGGCGGGGGCGGAGGCGGCGGCGGGCCAGGUGAGAAAAAGAAACCCGAACCUUGCGUUCCCGAUUUCAUGAAGAGCGACAAAUCGCCUGAGUAUUCCAUGGUGCCAGAGCUGGCGGCUGCUGGGAUCUUCGGUGCGGAGAAUAUACCCGAAUAUAGCGCCAAGUGCUUGAAGGAAUACGAGAAGUUGGAGAAGCUAGAGAAGCGGCGCAUCAAGGAGGAGACGGCCAGGUUGCGCAAGCUCCAGGAGAAGGAGAAGGAGCAGGAGAAGAAGCUCAAGCGCAAGCUGAAGCAAAACUCCAAGGGUCUCGUUGAAUCGGCGGAGGCGCAGUUUGGCAAGCUGAUGAUUAGCUCCGAGCAGGGUGAGAUCCCCAUUUUCCUCAACAAGUGCGUGGAAUUUAUCGAGAAGGAGGGCCUGGAUUCCGAGGGCAUUUAUCGAGUGCCCGGCAGCAGGGCGCAUGUCGACAUGCUAUUCCAACGAUUCGAAGAUGAUACCAACACCGAGAUUGAUGCGCUGGACAUUCCCGUUAACGCAGUGGCCACGGCACUCAAGGACUUUUUCUCCAAGCGCCUGCCGCCGCUGUUCAGCAAGGAUAUCAUCAAGGAGCUGGAGGAGAUUGCCGGUUCCCGUGGCGUGGGCAAUUCCAAACUGAAUGUGGAGGUCAAAACGGACCGGAGUUGCCGCUUGAUAGCUUUAAAAUCGCUGCUCCAAAAGCUGCCGCCCAUCAACUUUGCCAUACUCAAAUACAUAUUCCAGCACUUUGUGCACGUCUCGGACAACUCGAAGCUAAAUAGCAUGGACAGCAAGAACCUGGCCAUCUGCUGGUGGCCCACACUCAUUCCCAUCGACUUCACCGACAUGGGCCACUUCGAGCAGCUGCGUCCGUAUCUGGAGGACAUUGUCCAGACAAUGAUCGACCAGUUCCCGUAUCUGUUCUGCGGCAAGGAUGCUUUUGUCAUGGUCUAGGCCUAGAUCCCCGCCAGAUCAUGGCGCACUUGGACUUUCACUUGACCGCCGGACGCGAAGCCAAAACGAGAUAGUUAGAUUCAAUGUGCGAGUGUAUGAAUGUGGGCGCCAUCCA